AUGGUGGGAGGCAGCUGGGCGAGAACAUUCUCAUGUCUCGUGUGCGGUGGCUCGCACUUCGGAGCCGGGGGUGCGGCCGGAAUUCUGCUCGUCCGGCGCGACAACGCCCGCCCGGGAAACCCAGCCACCCACAUCGUGAUGCAGCACCGCGCCGACAACAGGUCCUGGGCCAUCCCGGGCGGGGUGCGGGACUACGGGGAGUCGUUCAGGCAGACGGCGCUCCGGGAGGCAGAGGAGGAGAUAUCGCUGCCUCGCAACUGCACCGAGGGCCCCAACCCGCUGGUCGUGGUGCGGCGCGAGGAGACGCUCCUCGACCACGGGGUCUGGAAGAGGCCGCCGGGGGACUUCGAGAGCCUGUCGGUCGAGUGGGUGCCGAUCGACCAGGUCGGGGUGAGGGGUGGGCGGUUCUUCCCGCUGCUCCCUGCGUUCUGGGAGGCGUGGCCGGCGCUUCUCGACAUGGUACGAGAGAUGGAUCAGCCAGUCCUGCGCCUACGACCACCGAUAGUCCAGCCAACGGCGGUCCAGCCAACGACGGUCCAGCCGACCCUAGCAGAGACGGGUGAGCCGGUGCCGCCGCCCGGUGUGCCUGAUGGGCCGGGGGAUGCUCCGGUCCCGGGUCCAUUCACGUAUUUCAGUGGCGACGAGGAUGAUCCUGGGACAGAGAUCGAUUGGCUAGCCGGCGCGGAGGAGGGCCUUUGCGUAUGGUACAUUCCUGCUAUGCCAUAA